AGCUGAUUUCUGACGGACGACAAUUAACGUCAUUACACAAGUCGAUAGUCAAAAAAGACAUGUCGAAUUCUUUCACACGAUUUUAUAUGAAUGAAGAAAAAACAACUGUAAAAAGGGCUUUUGUCCUUAUAGUUGAGAUUUUCAGGAAAAUGUCAAAACUAAAAGUGUAGCUGUCAAACUGUACAAAGAAUGUGUUGUAGCAUGACUCUUGUUGGUUUCAAAAAAAAAUCUAGUUUGUUUGGUUAACAAAAGUUGCGUUUGAUUUGUAAAUGAUUUAUUGUGAAAGCAAACAAAUGCGAUAUGCGUAUACAUAGCAUGAAAGAAAGAAAAAAUAUAAAGAGAUAGAUACGAAGAGUAUGGGAAUGUUUUUGAUGCAUUCAGCGUUAUUCUUCGUAUCGAUUUUAACUCCUGGCUAUCAAUUAUCUGGUACAAGAAUUACCUCUCCCUGUAAUGUAAUUACAAAUUUUAAAGCCGAAUCAAAAGUGAAUUUAGUGGGUGACAGUAAAUGGCAAAAUAGUUGUCCAAAAGACCGCUUCAUACAAGCUGUAUACUCGGAUAUCCCAACGGCUCCAUUCAUAAAAGCAAAAUGUUGCAGAAGUAAUGUAAGCAACAGGUUGUCAUGGGAACUUGAUCUGACAUCUUUAAAUGGGGGUAAGAAUGUGGUGGAUAAAAUAUGGAAUGCUGAAUGUGAAAGAUAUUCUGUUAUAACAGGCUUCAAAUUUGCAGUAAGUCAAGUUGGUGUAAUUUUGCUUCGUUCCAUACGUUGUUCAGUGUUGGUCAAUAAAGCUAUCAACCGUCAAGCGUGCGUUGUUUUGGACUUAUCGUCAAAAGUUGCAAAUAACGAAGUGCGCUAUAAUAAUACAUGGCAGCAUGAAUGUCCAGCUGGGUACGGACUUGUUGGAGUGUACAGCAAAAACAGUUUUAAUAGAGUAGAAAAAGCGAAGUGUUGUCAAAUAAAAGACGUGAAAAUCAAACCAGGAGUUGUUAUUGAUUUCGAGAAGAACGAAGAUUUUUUCGUAGCAAGUAAUGCUGGAGGAAUUAAUUUUAAACUAAACGGAAAUGGAUUAUUUGAAACAAAACGUCUAGGAAGAACAAUUAAAGACGCGAAAUUUGCUCGCUUAAUUUCAGUGGGAAUGACUGUCACUCAAGCGUUUUGUUUAAAAGUUACAUCAGUUAAUAUUGGCCGAGAUAUAACAAUUAUCGUGUAUAGAAGAACUAACACAAGUUUGGAAAAACUACAGGAAAUCAAAUCCUCAACACGUGGACAGAGAACUCAUCAUGUUUUUAUCCCAGCAGCAAAUAAUCCUGCUCCAGUCUCACAGCUUGUUGUCGAUGUAAAAGUCUGGCAAAGUUUGGUUUAUUUGAGAAAGUUUCAAAUUUCAGAUAGAACAUCGUGUCAAGUUAAUGAGUGCAAGUUGCCCAAUAUUGGGUGUUCCUUGCACGAGGUUUGUACAAGGACUAACCAGUUCCUCAGAUGUCAAUGUGAAGUUGGCUACAUCCUGAAUGAAUUGAAUAGAUGCGUGCUAUCGUCACUUGCGGUGGGACACUCCACCCCAGGUGUUACAGGAAAAAAAAUAACAUCACUAAACACCACAACAUCAACACAAACAACGAUCAAAUCAACGGAGAAACGCACGUUGACUUCAAAAAAUAUUGUGAAGGAGAGCUAUGUAGUAUCUCCCCCUUUGUCAACCUGGAUGUACUCUCUCAUCGGUGGAAUACUUGGUGUUGUAUUGACAAUGCUUACAUUAUGCAGUUGGAUUUUAUGUAAGAAAACUUUGGAAACACAACCACAGGAGAGUAUCUUAACUGCUUGGACGUUCUUUACUGUAUCGCCUACGCAUUAUGGUAAAGAAAUAUUACGCAGCUGGUUAAAGAAGACACACGAAACACAAAAAGUCACGGAAAAGAAUUUGUUUAAACUUGCCGGUAGCCGAUCAGGAGUUAUAAACAUGGCUUCUGGUGAAAGAAUCUUUACACAAAUUAAUCAAGCUGUAUCCGAUGAGUAGAAGCUGCUAAAAAAUAAUAUUCCAGUCCUUUUCAGCUACCUUUCAGCUAAUUUUUAUUUUAUUUUUCGCGAAUAGAAAGGCUAAGUGUUUGUUUCAAAAAUGUAGAAAAAGCACUGGAAACGAGUGGUCACUCUUCCUCGUCCCAACCGGGGCUUUUUUUCUGAGAUAAAUAAAAAAGCUUAGGUAGCGUGGCCAGAGAGUUUAUUACAUUAGUCACGAGUUGUAAUAAUGUAAAUAAAUUAUAUUGUGUAUACAAAUUUUAACAAUUUAGAACAAAAAUUCAACCUCGUUCCCAGGAACCUUUUCGUCGACGUGACCAUUUAUAAAAAAGUGAAAAGAGGUUAUGGGGAAAAAGUUGAAGAAAAUUACGUAAUCUAUAUUUCUACUUUUUUCAUAGAAAGGUAUAACAGGGUCAGCAGAUAAAGCUUUGGAAAACACCAGGGGCAUAGCGCCCAAGUUUUAAAGGGUAGAUGGUAAGGCUGAAGCGCCAGUUUCUUGAGAUAUUAAACCCUUAGACGUUAGACUUCCUAUGAAAACGCAUCCUCUGCACAAGUCUCUCCCAUAUUAACCAUGUAUGAUCGACAAGAAUUUAGUAUGGGUGAAGUAGGGUGGAUGGGGUAGGGUGGAAGGCAUAAUUUGCUACGGUCCUGCGUAGAUAAAUAACAUAGGUUAUAAAUUUAUAAAUUUCUGUAUAUAAUAUUUUGUAAACGAUUUAUAUUCACAGUUUCGAAUGUAUACAACAUACCAUACAAACCAUUGUUUCUUCUUC